AUGGUCUCCGAGCGCAUUUACGACCUGUGUCGGCCGAUCCUGGACGACGAUCACAUAGGUGAGGAGGAGAAGGCUGACAAGCUUGAGGAGCUCCUCUCCGCUGCACCGCAGUCCCUCAAAGGAAAAGCGCUGGAAGAUGCAGUGCUGGGCACAUUAUGGCAGUGGAAAUCAAAUACCGACAGCAAUGUCGCUUCGUCACCGCCUCCAGCUAGGACGGUAAGUGUCGCCCGCUCUCUCUCGCCAGCCCCGUGGAUUCAGCGAGCAGCGACACCAACGUCUGGGAAGAGCUCUCCACGACCGUCAACAGCAACACCAUCUGUACCGCCAGGCUUCGGACCUCCGGCUCUGGCGCGGACAAAGUCGCAGACGGUUGGCUCACCUUUCUCCUCACCCAAACCCUCACCACGACUACCUCUGGCAACACCAGUCAUCCCACACAGUCCACGAUUGAGCGCCUAUCAGUUCAGCGACUCGUCACCCAACACCGAAAACUACGGAGAUUACGGCAGCGACAAUGUCGACUGGUUGGUGAACGACGAUGCGAGCAGCCAGACCAGCUUUGGCGACUCAGGCUUCCCCGGCUCCUCCGAAUUCAUGUCACCAUAUACUACCGAGAUGAGCCCUUACGACAUGCUGCGAUCUAUCUUGCAGGACAACAAGAGCGACGAGGAGUUGGACGUCAUUUUGGAGGCCAACGGCUACGACCUCAGCCAAACGAUCAACUCGCUCAUGGAAGCACAAGGAAUGGGAGCGACGGCAAUGGCAGCAGCGAUGCAAGAGCAGAACCGGACGUAUCUGGUGGGGAAGAGUAUGUCGCCUACAAUGAGUCAAGCUACACCGGCAGGCGAGCAGAAAUCUUCCACCGUUUGUCGAUACUGGUUGGCUAGCGGGUAUUGCGCACGUGCUGACUGCCGCUUUGCGCAUGAAGUGCAGAAUCACAUUUGCAAAUACUGGCUGGCCGGGAACUGCAUCGCCGGCGAAAACUGCCUCUUCUCCCACGAUCCGAAUCAGCUUAUGGCGCAACUCAGCCUCGCGAACAGCGGCACGAACGCGCCCCAGCAAUUUCCACCGAACUUCCAACUCUCCGAUUUUGACAGCUUCCCAACUCUGCAGCCGACGACGAGCAAUCCCUAUGACGAGAGCAACAGUGUGGAUGCGAACACGCUUAAUGCCGCUCUCCAGCAGCAGCAGCAGACCUUCCAACCAACACCAGGCUUAUUCCCUAGUUUCGUCCCGACUGGACCACGAUUUGGGAGUCGACCUGGCAGCAGGCAUACUUCGCGAGCCCCAACGCCAAACACGCAGCCCAACUUUCAAGACGAUGAAGCUUUUCCCACACUCGGAUCGGCAGCCGCGAAGCCGGGCGGGAAGCGACACCACGGCAAGAGAGGUGGACAUGGCCAUCACCAUCAUGCUGCUUCUGCCCAGCAACCUGGGAGUCUUGCCGAUGUCGUUCGCAUGUCUCCUUCUCCGGGGCCCCUCAAUGCUCGGGAUGCCAUGCGGCGCGGGCUCAAGAACAACCGAUCAUUCACGACCACUCGCGAGAAUUCUGCUGCAGCCAUGGCUAUUGCUGCGCCAAAGGACAUCCCGUGGCUUGAGACGGGUGAGCAGGUCAACUCCGCCUACAUGAAGGCUCGACACGAAGCUUUCAAGCAUGGAGGUCUGCGUAACAAGUUCUUGCAGUCUGCCGCUCAGGCGUGGAACAGGAAUGAUGCUCGCGGUGCCAAGGCGCUGUCCCUCCGAGGUCAAAAUGAGAAUCAGCUGAUGCGCGAGAAGCAUCGCGAGGCCGCGAAAGCGCUGUACGAAGAGCGAAACAAGAAUCUGGCUGCUGGCGGCAACAAGGAGCUGUACGUCGAUCUGCAUGGUCUGCACCCAGAAGAGGCCGUGCAGUAUCUGUCAGACUGUCUGAAGGAGCAGAAGACUUCGAGCCGACCCGUCUACGCCAUCUGCGGUACGGGCCAUCACUCAAAGAACGGCAAAGACAAGGUCGGGAAAGCCAUCCGACUCUUCCUCAACGAAUGGAGAUAUGCUUUCAGGGAGUUCUCCGUUCCAGGAGAUCGUAAUAAUGUGGGAGGCAUUCUAGGUAUUAACCCUUCCAGCUACGACAAGGAUGCUGCGAAAAGAGGCAUUGGUCUCGACCCGAGAAAGGCUGCGCCUUCCGCGCCGAAGAAGGUCGAGAUCGUUGGUGAUGAAGGCGACAGCUAG